GCGCGCUGCUGAUUCUCGUUUUGUAGGCACGACCAUUGCAUUGCUGUCGCCUUUUCUCGACUGCUCUUUGAUCGUCUGGAAGACUGCUUUGCGAGAGCAAGGCACAGACACGGCAGAUCGCAAAUAUGGCGGACACACAGGCAAACCGACCGCAUAGGGCCACGAAGGAGAAGAAGCCGCAUUCUGGAGGGCCAAACCCGAAAGCUUUCGCAUAUUCAGCACCAGGAAAACUGCGAAAGCAGGCGGCGCGCUCUACCGAAGUCAAAGAAAAGCGCCUCCAUGUCCCGCUCGUCGACCGCCUCCCCGAAGAAGCGCCCCCGAUCAUCGUAGGCGUCGUCGGCCCACCGGGCGUGGGAAAGACAACGCUCAUCAAGAGCUUGAUCAGACGAUACACCAAGCAGACACUCUCCACACCAACCGGGCCUCUCACCGUCGUAACCUCGAAACGGCGGCGCCUCACGUUUAUGGAAUGUCCCGCCGACUCGCUCGCCAGCAUGAUCGACAUUGCCAAAGUAGUAGACAUAGUACUGCUCAUGAUUGACGGCAACUAUGGCUUUGAAAUGGAGACCAUGGAGUUUUUGAACGUGCUCAGCGCAAGCGGUAUGCCAGGAAACGUGUUUGGCAUCCUUACACACUUGGAUCUGUUCAGGAAACAGGAAACCCUCAAGCUGCAGAAGAAGCGGCUAAAGCACAGGUUUUGGAGCGAGCUGUACCAGGGCGCAAAGCUGUUUUACCUCAGUGGCGUGGUAAAUGGGCGGUACCCAGACAGAGAAGUCAUGAAUCUUACUAGGUUCCUGAGUGUCAUGAAGAACCCCAGACCACUGGUGUGGAGGAAUUCGCAUCCGUACUGCUUGGCUGAUCGCUUUUUGGAUAUUACGCCGCCGACCGAUAUCGAAGAGAACGCGAAAUGCGAUCGAUCGAUAGCGUUGUACGGAUACUUGCGGGGCACAAACUUCCCGGCCGGGGGGUCGCGAGUGCAUAUACCUGGUGUUGGCGAUCUUACAGUUACGUCGACGGAAGCCCUACCAGAUCCAUGUCCUACACCAUACGCAGAGAAGCAGCUCGAGAAGAUUGGCGGAAAGAAGAAGCGCACAAGGCUAGGGGAGAGGCAGAAGAUUCUGUAUGCGCCCAUGUCGGAUGUCGGUGGUGUGCUGGUCGACAAGGACGCUGUUUAUAUUGAUGUCAAAUCGUCUACAUUCGAUCCGGAGGCGGAUUACUCGGAACGGGGAUUAGGCGAGCAGAUGAUGAUCGGGCUGCAAGGUGGCAGGAAGCUGCUCGGUGAAGACGAUCGAGGAUUUAGGCUCUUCAGUGGCGGCGGGCUUGUCGACAACAAGAUCAUGGAUGACGAUGUUGAAGAUACUGGCCGAAGAUCCCAUCGUGCUGCUAGAGCAGCAGAUGCUGACGAGGUGGACGAUGCAGAUCUGGAUGGCAUCGACAGCGACGACGAGGAGCUUCAGCAGGACCACAGCGACGCAGAAGACGGCGAAGAUGACACUGGCUUCCUGGAUACUAGUCGACCUUCAAACGGCAAGCCAAAUCUUGCGCGCAAAGAGAAGGAUAUCAAUGGUGAAGAAGACGUGGCUUUCGCAGACAGUGAUUCCGACCUAGGAUCACUAUCUGGAGAUGACCUGGACCUGGACGAACUCGAGGACGGCGAUCUUGUAUCAGAGGAGUCGGAAGAGGAUGAAGAUGAUGAUGCUGCGUUGCGAUGGAAAACCAACCUUCGAGAAAACGCAGCCAAGCUGCACGGAAAGAAGCGCCCAUAUCGUGUUAUCGAUCUUGCGAAGAUGAUGUACAACUUGGAACUCGCGCCAGAAGAUGUCAUCAAGAAGUGGACAGGAAACGAUGAGGUCGAGAUUGAAGAGGACGAAGAAGAUGAAGGGGGCUUCUUCAAGAAGUCAAAAACCGAGGACUCCGCGAAAGCUGAAGAUCGUUACAUCCCCCAGUUUGACUAUGCGGAGCUGGCGGAAAAGUGGGAAGACGAAGAUAACGUUGAAGCUUUGAAGAGUCGCUUCGCUACUGGCCACAUGAACGGCAAGGGAGGCAACGGUGAGGAAGACGGUGACGACUUCGAAGGCUUCGAUGAAGAAGACGAAGGCGAUGGAGAGUUUGAAGACUUGGAGACUGGCGAAAAGCAUGGCGGCGAAGAACCAGCAAAAGCCGAACCAGAUGACGAGGCCAGAACAAUCGAGGAGGAGCGCGAGAAGAACGCCCGAAAGAAAGAAGAGCUCAAACUCCGCUUCGAGGAAGAGGACCGAGAAGGUUUCAUGAACGACAAAGCAGACGCUCGGAAAGAAGGCGGACAAGAAGAGGAGUUCGGCGAAGACGACUGGUACGAUGCGCAAAAAGCCAUGAUACAGAAACAGCUCGAUAUCAACCGCUCCGAAUUCGACCAACUAGAUGAGCUUUCUCGCGUACGCGUUGAAGGACACAAGGCAGGCACAUAUGCUCGCAUUGUGCUCGAAAACGUCCCAUACGAGUUCUCCGUACACUUCAACCCGCGCUUCCCUAUUCUUAUCGGCGGUCUCACGCCCACAGAAGAGCGAUUCGGUUACGUACAGAUCCGCAUCAAGAGACACAGAUGGCAUAAGAAGAUUCUGAAAACCAAUGAUCCGCUCAUCUUUUCCCUCGGAUGGCGGCGGUUCCAGACCACCCCUAUCUACUCGAUCUCUGAUUCGAGAACGAGGAACCGUAUGUUGAAGUAUACACCCGAGCAUAUGCAUUGCUUCGGCACGUUCUAUGGUCCUCUCGUCGCGCCCAAUACGGGUUUCGUGUGUAUACAAUCCCUCAGCAACAAGACGCCUGGGUUUAGGAUAUCAGCGACGGGUGUAGUACUCAACGUCGACGAAUCCACCGAGAUUGUCAAGAAACUCAAACUUACCGGCCAUCCCUACAAGAUCUUCAAAAACACCGCCUUCAUCAAAGACAUGUUCAAGUCAUCUCUUGAGAUUGCCAAGUUCGAGGGCGCAAGCAUUAGAACCGUGUCUGGUGUCCGAGGCCAGAUCAAGCGUGCGCUGAGCAAACCAGAAGGCAACUUCCGCGCAACCUUUGAAGACAAGAUCCUCAUGAGCGACAUCGUCUUCCUGAGAGCCUGGUACCCCAUCAAACCCCGCCGCUUCUACAACACCGUCACCAACCUCCUCGCCCCAGCAACAUCAGACAUGGACGGCGAAAGCACAAGUUGGACCGGCAUGCGUCUGACCGGCCAAGUCCGGUACGAAAACGGCAUCGCCACCCCCAGCGAGAAGAACAGCGCCUACCGCCCCAUCGUGCGCGAAACCCGCGUCUUCAACCCCCUCCGCGUACCCCGCAAGCUCGCCGCAGACCUCCCCUUCAAAUCGCAAAUCGCCCAGAUGAAGCCUCAGAAGAAGGAGACGUAUCUACAGAAGCGCGCUGUGGUGCUGGGCGGCGAGGAGAAGAAGGCCCGCAGACUCAUGGACCAGGUUGUUACUAUUCGCAAUGAGAAGGUCGAGAGACGCAGGCAGAAGCAGGAGGAGCGGAAGGACCCGUAUAAGAAGAAGGUGGCGGAGAAUGCAGAGAAGCGUUCGGAGAGGGAGAAGAGAGAGAAGCAAGAGUAUUGGGAGCGUGAGGGUAAGAAGCGGAGACAUCAGGAUGGUGAGAGUGAGGGUGCUGGUGGAGGUAGAGGUAGAGGUGGCGCUGCUGGAGGCAAGAGGAGGAGGUGAGGAGACCUUGUGUCGUUAUAGAAGAGGCGAUAGAGUGGAGUAUUUGCAUAGAUGCGUUUGUUUUCUUGUGUGUAUGUCUGUGAAAAAGCAUGUGACUAGCAUAGCAUUCAAUGGCGCUGUCAACCCAUUUACUAUCUAUAUAGUGUAGUGCAAAAUGAGUGAGCGAACUACUUUCGUGUGUUUUACUUCGAGG